AUGAACCUGACAGGAACCAUUUCACCAUAUAUAGGUAAUCUCUCAUUUCUCAUCUUAUUAGACCUCAGAAACAACCAAUUGAACGGUCACUUAUUUCAAGAGAUUGGCAACUUAUACCGCUUGAAACUUGUCAUUUUACAAGGCAAUCAGUUUCAAGGUUCAAUACCUCCUACUCUAUCCAACUGUCACCAACUUCAAGUCAUAUCUCUUGCUAAUAACCAGUUCGAUAAUGUCAUACCUAAAGAAUUAGGCUACUUACCAAAUCUUCGAACUCUAUAUCUAAGCGGUAACAACCUCAUAGGUCCAUUGCCUUCGACUCUCGUAAACAUAUCGAAGACACUUCAGUACUUAUCGCUGGGAUCAAUGGGUUUGACUUCAUUCCCACCAAUUCUAUUCAACAUGUCUUCUUUAUUAUCACUAAUUCUUACGCAAAAUAGCAUCCCUGGUGAAAUCCCAAAGGACUUUUGUAAGUAUUUUCCCAGGCUUCAAUUGCUUGAUAUUGCCUUCAAUCAGCUAUCUGGCGAGUUGCCAUCUGAAAUAAGUCAUUGCCAAGAGCUUGUAGAGUUAUAUCUUCCAUACAAUAAUCUUCAUGGAAGUAUACCUCAAGAAUUGGGUACUAUGUCGAAACUAGAAGUCAUCUAUCUUGGAAACAACAGUUUUAAUGGUGGUCUCCCACCUGCUUUGUCGAAUGUUUCUACCUUAAAGAAAGUUUGGUUUGGAACAAACAACUUACAAGGGAGUAUACCGGUCGAGUAUGGGCUUCUAUCGAAUCUAGUUGAGUUCAACAUGGAGGGGAACAAUCUUAUCGGAGUCAUACCUCCAAGUAUGUUCAAUAUCUCAACUUUGCAGAUAUUCUCAGUUGCCUUUAAUGCUAUUUCGGGAGAACUUCCUCCUUUUAAGCUUCCUAGUCUUGAGAGACUAUAUCUUAAUACGAAUCAAGUGAGUGGAAACAUUCCUGAAUCUAUAUCGAAUUCCACUAACAUUUUCUUGAUCGAUCUCGGAUUCAACAUGUUAUUUGGGUCGGUGCCUCGAAGUGUAGGCAAGUUGAGAUUGUUGCAGUUCUUCCAUGUUGACAAUAACAUGCUGACAGGGGAAAGAGAUGGUGAAGAGCUUGUUUUUAUCGAUGCACUUACAAAUUGUCGUUCAUUGGUGAGAUUGGUUUUAUUAUCAAAUCCGCUUAACGGGUUCCUUCCAUAUUCCAUUGGCAACUUCUCGAACUCUCUCCAGAGUUUUCUCGCUGAUGAUUGCAAUAUACAAGGUUCGAUUCCUCCUGGAAUUGGUUCUUUGGAGAAAUUGAACUAUUUAUCAUUAAGCAACAAUAACAUAACAAGAACUAUCCCUUGGAAAGUUGGAGGAAUGAAAUCUCUACAAAGGCUUUAUCUAGAUAAGAAUAGAAUUGAAGGUUCCAUUCCAAAUGACUUGUGUCAACUACAAAAUUUGGGAGAGAUUUCACUCCAAAGUAACAAUCUUUCUGGACCAAUCCCAACUUGUAUGUAUAACAUCACUCGUCUUCAGCGCUUAGACUUGAGCUCAAACAUGCUGACAUCUUCCAUUCCUGAAACUUUAUGGAGCCUUAACAAUCUUAUAGCCAUGAACCUAUCAGCCAAUUCUAUAAGUGGGGAGCUACCCGUAAACAUUAAAUCGCUUGCUUCGUUGGAAAACAUCGACCUAUCUCGAAACAUGAUCAUCGGCGACAUUCCAAGCGUAUUUGGGGAGUUUAGAAACCUGAAUUCAAUCAACUUGUCACACAACUUGCUCCAAGGAUCUAUUCCUGAAUCACUUGGUGGGUUGCUGACGUUAGAAGCCAUGGAUCUAUCUCAUAAUGAAUUGAGUGGAAAUAUUCCAACAUCUCUGGAGUCAAUUACAAGUCUCUCCUACUUGAAUUUGUCAUACAACAAGUUAUCCGGACAGAUACCCUUUAGAGGUCCCUUUGCAAAAUUCAAAGCAUGGUCUUUUGUGGGUAAUGAAGACUUGUGUGAACAACAACAAGCUUCUUUUAUGGGAUUUAAGUCAUGUGAAAGCAUAACCAACAAAAACAACAACAAUGUGAAGAACAUUCUACUUUGA